AUGUUUGUAGUUUGGAGCAUUUACAAACUAAUGACAAACAAACAAGGCAUGUACUGUUCACUUUUAAUCUACUUUAUACAUGCUUUUACUCUGUUGGAAGUAAAAUUUAUCAAUGAAAAUGGAAAUGAAAUCGUAAAGCCUGAAAACAAUACAAACUUUAUAAUCGUAAUUACGAAUAAUGGAUCUAAAAUAUUUCUAAAUGCAUCAAACCAUCCGUAUUCCUCAGCCAUAAGCAUGUUUCAGGAUCCUUGCCAUUACAAAAUCACUGGAAUAUUCAGCAAGGCAUUAGGCUUCUACAAUUCAUGUAGCAAUGAACUAGAGUUUCUAUAUCGCGACAAGUCCUACAAAAUUAAGAUUGAUGGCCAGAAAAGCACUGCGAUAAUUAGGCCAAAAACGUUUCUGGGCAGCUCCUUUCACUUUAGCAGCUACGAGCCGACACCUCUUGAUGGAGAACUCUCAGAGGUUGGCUUGAAUCAGGCGAAUUUUGAUUUGAAAAAUGAAUCUUUAAACAAAAUCGACAUUUUUAUAUUCAACGACUCAAAAAGAGUCGAAGAACACGGGGCAUUGGUCAAUGGCAACACAAUUGAUAUAUUUAACAAUGUCAAGAGCAUAUUUAGUGAAAGUGAGCUGUCCAUAGAACCUAGAUUGGUAGGAAUACUGAAUAUUAAAGAUAAGAUAGAUUUUAUAAACAACGAAAACGGGCCUUUGUUGGCAUUUAAAGAAAACAUCGAACCAAUCAGAUUUUCGCCUUUUAAUUUGCAAACUGCAUUGUCAAAAAGUGACUUGGUAAUGCUAAUAUCACAGAAUAGCUAUGGGGUAAACGAUACAGGAAAUAAGAUCAUUCACGGAAUGACAUUCUUUGGUGGAAGCACAAGACUUGAUAGUUCAUAUUCAGUUGUAUUUGCAUCUGCAUCUGAUUCAAACUAUUUCAUUGCCAAAAAGAUUGCACACGAGGUUGGUCAUUCACUUGGUGCUACUCAUCAUGGGGCUGGUUCGAUAAUGGAAACUACCACCUGUCAAACGUGCGAAAAUGAAAAGAGGCUGUUUGAUGAAUUUUCAAGAGAUCAAAUCAAUGCCUUUGUGAAUAGAAACACGAAAAUAUUCAAAAUUAAAGAUUAUACAAAGUAUAAGGAAAACCAGAUACUGAAAAGCAAAAAAGAAGCCAUUGAGUAUGCCGAAGAGAGGCGGAAGCAUACCUUUAUAGACAUUGUUAGAAGCAGAUUGAAGGGCAAGGCUCCCCUUGGCAUUGAAUCAGAGACGUCUAUAAUCCUUACUGUUUUGCUUUAUACAUUAGUGGUUAUAGUAAUAAUAUUCUACUGGAAAUAG